AGCGUUCGAUCCGAAGGAGGAAGCCGGUUUGGAGGGGGGCGAGCUGGAGGGCAGCCGGCGCAGGCGACGGAGCCCCUCUGGGCCCCCCUCAGGCGGCCACCAUGGAUUCCCGGCCCCUGUUCCAGACUCUGCUCUCCUUGGCAGAUGACAACGCUGCCUUCUUCCGGGAGAGCACCACCGAGACAGGCCAGCGGUUCGUGGCAGCCUUCACGGCCAUCCGGGAGCACGCACAAUACCUGGAGCCGCUGCUGGGCCACUUUGCCACCAUCUACCACAUCUUUGACCUGGAUGAGCACACGCCAGCCAACGGCUACCGCAGCCUGGCCCAGACGGUGCGCUGCUGCCUGGCCCACAUCAUCCACAAGAGCCGGUACGUGGCCGCCAACCGCAGCAGCAUCUUCUUCCGCAGCCGGCACAACUGCGCCGAGCUGGAGGCCUACUGCACCGCCCUGACCCAGCUGCGGGCACUGGUCUACCUGGCCCAGCGCCUGCUCACCCACAACCGCCCCGGCUGCCUCUUCCACCACGAGGACCCCCGGCUCUCGGAGCAGUUCCUGCGGGAGUACGUCACGAUGCACAAGGGGUGUUUCUACGGCCGCUGCAUGGGCUUCCAGUUUGCCCCCUCUAUCCGGCCCUUCCUGCAGACCAUCGCUAUCGGCCUCGUCUCCUUCGGGGAAAAUUACAAGCGUCACGAGUCUGGCAUCGGUGUGGCAGCUGGCUCGCUUUUUACCAGUGGGAAGUUUGCUAUUGACCCCGAGCUGCGAGGGAGCGAGUUUGAGCGCAUAACGCAAAACCUGGACGUGCACUUCUGGAAAAGCUUCUGGAACAUCACUGAGAUGGAAUUACUGGCCUCCCUGGCCAGCAUGGCCUCCUCCCAGGUCCGCGUCUCUCGGGCGCUGUUGGUGCCGCCCAACUCCUUUGACCUGCCGCUGGUUGCUGAUCCUAAGCUGUCUGUUACCAUCACACCUCCGGUGGCCCACAGCGGACCUGGAGCUGUGCAGAUGAGGCUGAUCUCCUAUGAGCUCCGAGAGGGGCAGGACAGUGAGGAGUUGAACAGCCUGGUGCGUCCCGAAGGGACCCUUGCCCUGGAGCUGCGUUGGAGGACCAAGCCGUUGCCUCGCUCGCCGUUCCUGGUGGUGCAUUUUCACGGCGGCGGCUUUGUGGCCCAGACCUCCAAGUCGCACGAGCCGUACCUGAAGUCCUGGGCACAGGAGCUGGACGCCCCUAUCCUCUCCAUUGACUAUUCUCUGGCACCCGAGGCACCCUUCCCACGGGCCUUGGAGGAAUGUUUCUAUGCCUACUGCUGGGCCCUCAAGAACUGCCACCUUUUAGGUUCCACAGCGCAGAGGGUGUGCCUUGCGGGAGACAGCGCCGGCGGGAACCUGUGCUUCACGGUCUCCAUGCGAGCAGCCGCCUUUGGGAUCAAGAUGCCAGAUGGGAUCAUGGUGGCCUAUCCGGCCACCCUCAUGCAAGCCACGGCCUCCCCCUCCCGCCUCCUGACCCUGCUCGAUCCACUCCUGCCGCUCAGCGUCUUAUGCAAGUGCCUCAGCGCCUAUGCCGGGAUGGAUCCAGAGCAAUCAGAGGACACCACCCUAGAGAAGCUGAGCCCCAUAAACAUGAUGCGGAGAGACACCUCCCUUCUCUUCCGGGACCUGCGCCUGAGCGCCUCGGCCUUGCUCAACUCCCUGCUGGAGAAUACAGAGUCUAUGCGGAAGAGCGUUUCAGAGGCAACCUUGAAAUCCAAGACCUCCAACUCCAGAGAGUCCCGCAAGAGCCAGACGUGCCAGAACCUCUCGUGCAUUGCAGAUUCCUGCCCACUGGAUGGAGGCUGCCCCCCUAGCCCCUCAGGGCAUCAGACUGGCUUCUUUCUGAAUGAGGGCAAGCAGGAUGACACGGCCUCUGGCAUCGACCAUGGGCUGACCUUCCCGGACAACUUUCAGCCGGUGCGCUCCGACCAGCCAGCCACUUGCCUGCACCUAGAGCUCUCGCCCAUCUUCAAGAACCCUUUCAUGUCACCUCUCUUGGCUCCGGACGCCAUGCUGAAGGGUCUGCCGCCAGUCCAUAUAGUGGCUUGUGCCCUCGACCCCAUGUUGGACGACUCGGUGAUGUUUGCCCGGCGGCUGCGGGCCUUGGGGCAGCCAGUGACCCUGCGGGUGGUACAGGACCUGCCCCACGGUUUCCUCAGCCUAUCGCAGCUGUCCCGCGAGACCCGCCAGGCCUCUGCCCUCUGCACAGAGCUCAUCCAUGACAUCCUGAUCCCCCCAGAACAGACUCCGCAGCCGCCCCCAGCCGCCCCCUCCCUCCGCAAGCAUCGCAAACUGGAGCGGACCUGCCACACCGAGACUGCCGCCAGCCAGCCUGCCACUUGCGCUGUGUCCCAAGAGAACAGCAAUCAAACUGGACAGGAGGAGCAGAGCAGCAGUGUCGAAGGGAGCGGCCCCACAGGUGCUGUGGCCAAGGCGGCUCCUGGCACCCAGGGAUGUCCCGCUGGGAGCAGCUCUGCCGCAGGCCAGCCAAGCGGGGCCAGGCCCCCUUCCAAUCCCGAUGUUACCGCCGGCCAAGAUGCCGACCCCUCGGGAAGCACGGCGGGACGGGGGGUGGGUGCCUGAUUCCUCCCCCAUGUCCGACACUAGAACCACAUGGCUUGAGACUA